CAUGUCUGCCGAACUCGCCGUUGUUUACGCCGCUCUCAUCCUCCAGGAUGACAAUGUUGAAAUCACUGCUGACAAGCUCCAAACCCUUGUCAAGGCUGCUGGUAUUGAUGUUGAACCCGUCUGGUUCAGCCUCUACGCCAAGGCUCUCGCCGGUCAGAACUUCGGUGAGCUUCUUAUGAGCGUUGGUACUCCCGGUGCUGGUGGUGCUGCUGCCCCUGCUGCUGGUGCCGCUGCUGGCGGUGCUGAUGAAGCUCCCGCUGAGGAGAAGGAAGAGGAGAAGGAGGAAUCUGACGAUGACAUGGGCUUCGGUUUGUUCGAUUAAACAACAACAACGUUAUUCCUGUGAAAUAAAACGAGCGUAUAAACUCUUGUUGUACCGUGCGCAAAAAAUAUAACUCCUCGUCUUUUUUUAAUGUUG